AAUCACACUUGUUUCUAUCCGAGCGUAAAACAGCGAGACAAACGCUCACACGGGAGGGAAGCAGCAUGGACUGGAGGAGCUAACGCUCAUAACAGCUGCAUAGAAACAGAGAAAAACAUCUUCAUAUUAGUAAAAUGGCAAAUACAAACAGUCCACAGAAAGACUGGUACUCAAUAUUAGGUGCAAGUCCAACCGAUGACAUACAGGAGCUGAAACAGAAGUAUCAGAAACUGAUCCUCAUGUUUCAUCCAGACAAGCAGAGGCCUGGUGUAUCAGAAGGGGAGGCAGAGCAGCACCUGCAGAGAUUCAUUGAUGUUGACCAAGCUUGGAAGAUCUUGAGUAAUGAGGAGAGCAGGAAUAAGUACAACCUCCAACUACGGGCACGUGAACUGAAACAGAGCUGGCCAGUGGAUGCUCAUAUAACACUGAAUGACAUGAACUGGGACAGUGACGCUGAAUGUUAUACAUACAGCUGUCGCUGUGGUGGAGAAUUCAUCCUAGAUAAGGAAGAGAUGCAGGAAGCCGAGACAGUUGUGUGCUGCGAUUCCUGUUCUCUCAGCAUUGAAGUUCAGAAGGUUAGAUGGAAAGCUGAAGCGGGACAUCCUUGCAGGUCCAGGAGCUGAGCGGGAAGGGUAACAUCUGAAUUAGGUGCUCCGCCAGACGUGCUCCCCUGGAACCCCGGUCACAAGUUAGAUGUGUCGCCAGGGAUGACAGCAUGUGUUACGGCUGACAGACUAGGAAGCUCGGCCGCCUUCCCCUUACACUCACUGUGGCCCCAGGAUAGACAGGCUGCCACAGAAGCCACCGCAUCUCACGCCCCGGAACCUAUGUGGGGAGCUUGUGCGAUCACCGGACCACGGCUCAUCCUGGACACUUCCCUUACUUACACUGAGCCCCAUUCACUGCUAGAUUAACAGACCCCCCCCCCCCGUUUUGUACACUUUUCCCCAUUUUUCAACAUUUUAUGUUGAUUUAUUAUUUUUAAAAAUGCCUCUCUGAAGCCUAAUGCCACACCCACUAUGUCUGCUUUUUGCUCACCCUGUCACAAUCAGCAUUUACUAUUGCAGGCAUUUCAAAGAAUUCUGUGUUCAUAUAGAUGUGAUGACUUAAUGCAAAUCACAAUGAAACUAUAUUUUAAACACUUUUGAAAAGAUCAUGAGCCAUCAGCCAAUAUCAGUUUCUCAAAUUAUGUGGCACCAAUAAUCAUAAUUCACAUACAAUUUUACUGAGGAUAAUUUGUAACAUCAAGUAGUACAACAAUGUAUCUUAAUAGUGAAAUGUAUAAUUUAUGAACCACAAGAAGUGCCAAAUGGAAUGGAAAAAAUAAUGAUUGUUUUCCAAACAAGUUUUCCAAAUGCUCCUUUCCGCCCUGACCUCGGUCUUCCUUUGUUCGUGCAAAUAGGUAGUCCUGUCCCAGUCUCAAGCCAAACAAACAGUUUGAAAAAACGGACUGUUUGAGCAAUCUUUUGAAAGCACCACAGUUUACACACUUCAGGAAGUCAAACUGUGUUUGGCUUACUACUUGCCUCUGCACAUUAAACUGGGA